AUGUAUGGGGAAAAGGACACCAGACUGAAGCUUACAUCUCCAAACAUUGCGAUCCCUUUACCAAAGAAGUUGGAAUUUGCUGAGAUCCUGUUUCCAGACAUGGUUGCAGUUGCCUGGGAGCAGACGACACCUUUCACCAUUCAUGAGCUUUUGGCAGCUGCGGACAGACUGAGGCCCAACAAGGCACCGGGGCCUGACAACAUACCAUCGCAGAUAGUGAAACUCGCGACAAGGCAAUUCCAAGAAACUAUGCUGAAGGUGAUGAAUAAUGCUAUCACGACUGGUAGCUGUCCCGCAACUUGCAAACACGCGGAACUGAUCAUGUCACCGAAGAGGCAUAAACAUCUAAUGCAGCGGAUUUCCGUCCGAUUUCAUUAUUAG